UUGGAGGAGAUCAACGGGAUGUAUGUUCAUGCCUCCCGGGGAGCAUCAGGCGAUGAUGGUGCAGAUAUGCCUGCAGUGGUCAGGGCCGAUGUUUGGGCCCGUGCAAACAUUCCAUCGGUAAAACAAGAAGAUGUUGAUGUGGUUGUGCACAGCGUGGAGCCGAUAGAUCACGUGCAUCUAGAUGGUCUGCUCGGAAACUUGCAGAGUUUUGCAGUUGAGAUGGAGGUAGCAUCCCGUGCACUUGCUUUGAAUGUCAGUGUGGGUUUUGUUCACCAGGUUAUUGACAUCUCUGACGAUGAAAGCAACGAUGAAGUUGGAUAUGGAAGAAUGGUCUGAUGAUCCUGAGCAGGCAAAGCUGGUUGAGACGACAAAAAGAUGAGGGAGCAAGAGCAGAAAGAUGCAAAUGUCACGAAGAUGCAUCAAGAAAUGUACUAUCAAAAUAAAAGUCCACGAGAAGAAGAUCGUGAGGUCACAAUGAUGAUUCAAAAACUGUAUGA